GCGGCGGAGACUCCGGGCUCGGGCGGCGGAGGCUGAUCGCGCCCCACCGGGCAUGGCCGCGGGCGGGCGGAGGCCGGCCGAGCAGUAGUCGCGGGCCACUGCGCCCUCGCGGGGGGCCGCCGCGCCCGGCCGCGGCCAUGGAGCGCCGGUGAUCGUCGCCGCCGCGGCCCGCCGGGAGACAAUGGCACUGCACAAACUCUGCUCGGUGUUGGAAGUGUUGCUAGUAACAAUCCUUGUAGUGGAAGGGAUUGCCGUUGCACAGAAGACACAAGGUGGACAAAUUGGAGUGAAUCACAUUCCGCCUACCCAGUGUGACAAUUGGGUACGGACAAGUAACGGAGGACAUUUUGCUUCACCAAACUACCCUAACGUGUACCCACCAAAUCAAGAGUGCAUCUAUAUCUUAGAAGCUGCUCCACGACAAAGAAUUGAGUUGACCUUUGAUGAACCUUAUUACAUAGAACCCUCAUUUGAAUGUCGAUUUGAUCAUCUGGAGGUUCGCGAUGGACCUUUUGGUUUCUCCCCUCUCAUUAAUCGUUACUGUGGUCUGAAAAGUCCUGCACUAAUUAGAUCAACCGGGAGAUUUAUGUGGAUCAAGUUUGCUUCUGAUGAGGAGCUGGAAGGAAAGGGAUUUCAGGCAAAGUACUCAUUUAUACCAGAUCCUGACUUCACUUACCUAGGAGGUAUUCUAAAUCCCAUCCCAGACUGCCAAUUUGAGCUCUCAGGAGCCGAUGGAAUAGUACGUUCCAGUCAAGUAGAACAAGAAGGAAAAACAAAACCGGGACAAGCAGUUGACUGCAUAUGGACAAUUAAAGCUACUCCAAAUGCUAAGAUUUAUUUGCGAUUUCUCGACUACGAAAUGGAGCAUUCAAACGAAUGCAAAAGAAACUUUGUCGCUGUAUAUGAUGGAAGUAGUUCUAUUGAAAACCUGAAGGCAAAGUUUUGCAGCACUGUAGCAAAUGAUGUCAUGCUGCAGACUGGGACAGGUGUGGUACGAAUGUGGGCAGAUGAAGGCAGUACACUAAGCAGAUUCAAAAUGCUCUUCACUUCAUUUGUGGAUCCUCCCUGCUCAGGCAACACUUACUUCUGCCACAGCAACAUGUGCAUCAAUAAUUCCUUAGUCUGCAAUGGCAUUCAAAACUGUGCAUACCCUUGGGAUGAAAAUCACUGCAGAGAAAAGAAAAAAACUGGAUUGUUUGAACAAAUCACCAAAACUCAUGGAACAAUUAUUGGCGUCACAUCAGGGAUAGUUUUAGUUCUUCUCAUCAUUUCAAUUCUAGUACAAGUAAAGCAACCUCGCAAAAAGGUUAUGGCUUGCAAGACUGCUUUCAAUAAAACUGGUUUCCAGGAAGUAUUUGAUCCUCCCCAUUAUGAACUAUUUUCACUAAGGGACAAAGAAAUUUCUGCAGAUUUGGCGGAUUUAUCAGAAGAACUUGAAAACUAUCAGAAAAUGAGAUGCCCUUCAACAGCUUCCAGAUGCAUUCAUGACCACCACUGUGGCUCCCAGGCCUCUAAUGUAAAACAAAGCAGGACAAACCUCAGCUCCAUGGAACUUCCCUUUCGCAAUGAUUUUGCACAGCCUCAGCCAAUGAAAACAUUUAAUAGCACAUUCAAGAAAAGUAGUUACACUUUCAAAAAAGCGCAUGACUGCCCUGAGCAAGUCAUAGAAGACAGGGUGAUGGAGGAAAUUCCAUGUGAAAUCUAUGUUAGAGGAAGAGAAGAUACAGCACAAGGUUCAUUAUCUAUUGACUUCUAAUUUCCUAAUGAGGGUGGUAUCAGUGUAUAUACAAGAUGCUUGUGUAUAAUGACAGUGUAUAUAUUACAAGUGUACUAUAUGCAGUGUGUGAGAUGCACACACUUUUAGCUUAUUAUACUUCAUUUAAAAAAAAAGUCUCCGUAACUAAUUCAUGAUGAAAAAUGGUGAAUUUCCUCCCAUCUUCCCAAGCUUCCUGUCUAGUGGAAGAGUAAGACAGAGACUUUGCAUGGAAAUUAUAAGUUAAGGAUAUUGGAAGAAAAAAAACCAAAACCAACUAUUAAUCAUUGAACACUGAAUACAAUGACUGCUAUUCUCUUCCUCGUAUCAUUUUCUCUUCUUUAGACAUCUACUUUUCAAGACAAUUUUAAUACCUCAGUUACAUAAAUAAAAGUAGUUAAGUGCACCACGUGUAUGUCAACAUAGGUGUCUUAUUGUAUUUGUCAAAUUGAAAGUAGAAUUAGUGUUAAGUGCCAGUUAAGACUCAAGAAUUAUGUUACAGCCAUCUGUUUUGUUUGCCUACCAUUUAUAUUGCCUUUAAUUAUCAGUUCUUCAUUCUAUGCCUUGUGGGAGAUAAGUGUAAAGGAUUAUUGCCUUUUAAAAGUAUUGAGUUAUAUUAAUUUUAGUACAUUCGGAAAUACAUAAUCUUUGCAGGUUUUGGUUAAAACAGAAGUAAGUACUCAUUCUAGAUGCAGACUUAAAACAGUUUUCUUUCAAGAAGGUUUAGGAUUUGAAAAUAUUCUGGCAUAUCUUAUAGAUCCAUAUGGCUCACUGAUUUCACAGCUCUGUAGUUAGAAAACAAUUUUAUUCCUGCGUUUUCAAAGUAUUUACAUAGACUGUCCUGUACAUUCGUUUCUUAAAAUAGCCUUUUACUCUUAUUGCAGCCAAUCUUCCCUACUGAAAUCAGUGUUGGUACUUUUAGCACAUGUCCUACUUACCUGAAGAGAACUGGUCUUAAGGUCUGUGUGAUUACCAGGUAUAUAGAGAUACUGGAAACAAAGAGAAGUCACAAGCAACUCUACUUAACCCUAGGGAAUCCUUGUGCCCCUUGUUUCCACUUGCAAAAUUGCACAUUUCAUACCUUUUUUAAUGGUGGUUUGGACCUAAUUUUAAAAUUUUUACAGUAUAGAAACAUUUUAAAAAUAUAAUAAUUCUCAUUGUGGUUUUUAAACUUUUUGUAUAGUUUGAUACUGUACAGACUAUUUGUUAAAUCAAAAUCUAGUACCUGUGCAGCAGGGUUGUUUCCGUGUGCCUAUCAGCAGCUCUAAGUAAUAUGCAGUGGCUGUUGUGUACAUCACAAUUGGCAAAGAAUACUUAAUGAUUUCCACAUUAGCCUAUAUUUUAUCCCCUGGUUUGUUUGGCUUUAUUCUGGUAUUUUGUUUACAGGAAACCUUUCACUAAAGGUGGCCUACCAGCUUGCACUGGGCAUAUUCAUUAUUUACAAAGGCAUUUAAAACCAUAAUGAUUGUUGUGCUGACUCUAGAAAAAAAAACAAACACAACCCUAGCAACUGAAAAACCUUUUCAUUAAAAUAUAAGACGAACAAUAGCUGUAAUCACAGGUUUUUCAUUAGAACGACAAAUUUAAAAAAAAAAAUGCUUAGAAUGUAAGAAGCUUAAGGGGGGGUGGGAAGAGGGGAAUUGAGUAUCUUCAACCCUUCCCAAAUUCAAAAUUAACCCUGUCUGAUGUCUAGAAAGAACUUACUCAGAAGCUCAUAGAUGAGACCCCUAGGGCUGUAUCCUAGUGUCAGUUUUUGUGCUGGUUCCAGAAUGUAUUUCAAUUUGAAAGAAUUUAAAUGGGCAUUAUUUUAGAUGCUCUUCAUGCAGAAGAGAAGUGUUUUAAAAAUCUAGUUAAUUUUGACUUGAAAAUUUUUGAAUAUUUAAUUUAAAUAUUUCUUGCCAGAUUUCAUUUACUUCUCAUUGAUUUCAGUAGUAAAUAUAUCACUACGACCUAUAUGGUACAGAAUGUUGUGACAGCCUAUGAGUUCUAAAUUCUUCCAACAAUAUGUAGUUUUACACAGGUCAUUUUUGUCCAUAUAACUCUUGUAAGUGCUAGGUUUGCAUGAUUAAGUUUUCUUUUUAAGGUAUAUUUGUCCAUGUGAUAAAAACAAUGUGAUCCCUAAUACUUCCUAGGUUAUGUUGUCUUUGAACAGUGAACCUGUAAUAAUAAAACAAAUAGCAAGCCUGCAAAGCCCAUGUCUGGGUAGAAAAGGUAGAAAAGGGGAAAAGCUCUAUUGAAGAAGUUCCCAAAUGGCCUGAAUAAUAUUUCAGUCUCAGUUGUAACUUUUUGAUCACAUGGUCAGAACACAGCUGCAUUUUGGCAACCCCAGAGCAUAUAGGUGAGCUCCCGUAACCAGUCAUAUCUUCUGUGCAUAGCUUUUUCCAGUAUCACCAAGCCCAGCUCUACAAAGCUUCGCUUUCCCCCCUUCCUUGCUUUCUAAUCUGGUUUUUUUUUUGUCUUUAGCAUAAAUAAAGAUACUUCUGGUUAGUUAACAACUGCUCCCAAUUCCCAAUACAGAGCAAAAACUCCUGGAGGGAGCUUUUCAGUAUUUCUGUAAUAGCAGACCCAACCCUUACUGUGGCAAUAGCUGUACGCAUGAAUAGAUCUGAGAGAGAAACCCAAAGCAAUAUUGAUUUCUAUAAGUUUCUAUAAAUAAAAAGGGCAGGAAAGUGAACUAUCCAUACUUGCUUUAUUAGAGGCAGGGUGAAAUUAACAUUGAACCUAAAAAUCUGAAAUGAAAACUUGUGUGUGGCAUGUUUUAAAAAUAUCUGUAUAUCUCAUUGUAAUGUUGGGUUCAGUUACCUAGAUGUGCUUAAAGAACCGAGCCAUAAUUCCAGUACAAUCAAAUUCCCUUCACUACAGAAAGACAAAAACUAAGUGGGGGGACUGCUUGGUAUUAGAGCACAGAAAGCUGACAUUUUCAGCAAAAGAAUCUAGUGCUGGUUUUGCAGUCUCAAUCCAGUUGGAGUUGAUGCUGUAGUCUUUAAGCUUUUCCUGGUGUUAGCAAAAAACACCACCUUUCAUACUCUUGCAAUAUCUACUACAGUACUGUUAGCAUAUUUCCAUUGUCUCCAUCUUAAAUCCAUUCAUUUCUAGGAGCAUCCCAAUUUUGCACUGAAUUGUACCCAUAUCUCUGAUACCCUCUGUUAACACUGAAUGUACAUAAGCAAAGAUAAUUUCCCUAGACACACAAUGACCAGGAAAAGGCCAACAGCAUUAACUACUUUUUGGUAUUUAUAAUUAAUUUUUACCUUUUAUCAUAGUAGCUUAGCCAUUAAGCUAUCUACAAUGAAAAAUUUUUUGUUGUGGAUAGAAGUUGUAGAAGUAAACCUACAGCCAACACGAAAAUUAAAGUGACUGAGAACCAUGAUUCUUCACAGUUCUGUAGGGAGAUAUCUGCAUUUACAGAUAUGAUGACAGUGUCACAGGAAACUCAGACUUAUCACUGUUACUGGCACUGAAAUGUUGCAGUGAUCACAGAAAUGCUAAUUUGUACUUAAAAUGCAUGAGAUUUUCUUGUCUGCUACAGACAAGAUGACCCUCAGAGUGCAUACAAAUUAUAAUGGCAUAUUAUAAGAAUUACUGUCUGUUUUUACUAAAUCAAUACAAAGAAGGUUUACAAAAAGAGCUGUCAUAGACUUACAAGAAAAGGUGCUUGUCAUGUGAACACUUCACAGAAUUUAAGUCAUUAAAAUACACUUUGUUUUGGUUUUCACUUGCUACAGAGAAUUCUGUGCAUUACCAGCAAAUCUCUUGCUAAAUGAUGAAAAAAGGCUUGCCUUAUUUUCAAAUCAGUUUAGUCCUUAAAUAAGAAGGUUCUUCUAUCAAUGAUCAUAACAGCAUUUAAGUUUCCAAACUAUUUAAGUAUAAACCUUUAUCUAAAAGACUACAAAAAGCAAAAGUAAUAAAAAAAGACCUUAGCAGAAGCCUGAUAAGCCAAGAGUAAACUACUGCUUGAAAUGUAACAGCUUAAUUCAUAAGGAUAUACUGAAACAUAUCUGCAGUUUGAUCUUCCUGUCUGGUCAGUCUCUAUAUAUCUGUUCACAGUAAAAUUCAGUCAAAUCCAUUUACUUUUUACAUGUCCUUAUUGCAAAGAUUAUGUAGGAUCCCUAUCAUUGCGCAGAGGUCUGUAGUUUACCAAAACAAGAUUCUUAAUCUGUGUCAGCCUGAAAGAUCAGCUGAUUUUACAUUAUUUGAGAUCACAGUGUUAAAACUGAAUAUUAAUUAUAAUGGGAUAAAGGAUAUUAAAAUAAAAAAACCUCUCUUUGAGUUCACUCAUGCUUUGAAAAUGAGUAUUUGUAGCACCUAUCUCAAUCUAACAAUAUAAAAGCUACUAUCUUUAAGACUUCUGCUCCUGUGGUUUCCAGUAACCAUCUCUGUAUAGAGUAAAUCCCUCCUAUAAAUACACAAAUAAAUCGUGUCAGCAUGCUCCAAUAUGUGGUCUGUGUCACCACAGAACUGCAAGUAGAUUUUAACAUUCAAAUUCAUCUGCGACACUCCAUUUUAAAAAUCAGCGUAACAAAAAUCUGUUUUCCAUCUGUUUCAGAGAUCAACACCAACAACAGUCAUUUGUCAAUUGUCAUCUUGUUCCCUCUUACCUAGCCAUUGAAGAUAAUCUACCAUACACCAGAUAAAACAGCUUAGGUUUUAUAUGUCUGUUCUUACAGAGACAGGCUCUGGGAGGAAAAAAGUGAGAACUUUAUGUCUUCCUAUGUCUUUGCAUUACUAUCACAUAGUUUAUGUUAAUAGCUUUCAUACUGGAGAAACCUGUAAAAUGUAUGUAAAAUUCUGUUCAAGAAAAAAAUAAAGUAUUAUAAUAAACCAAAUAAUAGGUACCUAUGCCCCACACACCUCAAAAUUCAAAAUAAUUUGCUGGUUUAGAAUCGGAAUCAUGCCUUCUGAACAGUAAGAACUGCCAAUGCUGCCAGAGUACUUAAAGGAUGCACAUCAUAUCAUCUUUUCUGAACAACUACUUCUCCCAAACACAGAUUUCCUAGACAUCUUUUUUUAAAAUUUUGUGUCUUAUUUCGUUAUUUUAUUAAUUUAUAUCUAGAAAUAAGCGUAUUAUUUACAUCUUAUAAUUAGCCUCAAAGUACAUUAUCACCUACAUAAAAGUUCCUUCUGUCUUCCUUCCAGAUAUAUUUAGGAGCAAGAAUUAUAUUGUAGAAGUAUUUAUCAUUAAACAACAGCAUGUCAGAGUUUAAGCAUUAUAUUAAUUUCUGAGUUUAUACUGCAGCUUAUUUUUCACCUGAAAAGCAAGAGACUACAAAGAAAAUGCAAAGCUCACAGGAUUAUCUCCUUAACCUCAAAUUAAUAUGGUUAAACUAGAACAGCGUACAUCUCAAUGUUUUAAUAUUCAAGGUUUAGCAUUUUAUGAGGAAUAUCAGAUUUAAAAGUGCACGUAUUUAUGUGAGAAGGCUUAGUUUGCCCCUGGUUACCAUACUUAGCUGGCUCGUAACACCGGCCUUUCACAUUCUUCUGUGAAUAACACAGGAAUCCAGAGCUUAAGCUUCCUUUCAGCUCCACUGGCAAAGCACAUAAAAUUGUACAAAAAUUUAAAAAGCUAUUUGCAGGGAGAGGAGGUGAAAAUUAUUCUUUAUUUUAAAUACAAAAUGGGAGACAAUAAAAUAUCAACCACUGGACAUUUUUGAUACAAUGUUUAACUCACCCUUCAAUGCACUCAAAUUACUCUCAAGGUAAUAAAGCACACAACUCUACUUAAACAAUAUGUUCAGUUCCCUUACUUCAGUAAAUAUCCUCAAUACUUGUAAUAAUUUGGAAGAAGCCAGCUGUUAGUACUGAGUUUAGUACUGAGUUCUCAGUUACUACUGAUUAUUAUACAAAAAGAUGAUCCAGUGAUUAAUAGGCAUGAAAAAAGCAGGAAAAGACUCUUGAAAGCAAUGGUGAGAAUAAGAGAUUCUUAGAAAGACAAGUCAAUAAAUCCCAAGUCUCUUAAACGUUGUAAUGAAUCUUCUAUUUAUAAAGAACAAACAGACAAGGUACAUAAGCAAUACCACUCAUUACUGGCUCUCCACUUUAUGUUUAAUAACUCAACAGAGCAAUUGACAGCCUAAGGCAAAGCCAACUAACUCUAAUUUUUCUGUUUUAAUGAAAAACAAAGAGAUCUAUAGUAGAGUGAAGAUGUUUGCUUUCCACUUACCAGAGGCAAAAUAUUCUGCACAGGCCAUUUAAUUUUCUGUCAUCAUUAAGUUUUAUCCUUAAUAGUGAAGGGAAUUCUGGAAUACACAAGAACAGCACAAAAUAUCUAUGUAUAGUAAACAAAUCAAUAAGUAAUGGAUACUUAAAAUAAUCUCAUAUAUUAGGUAAUUUUUAGAGCUCUGUAUGAUUCCUGAGGUUAUCAUAUUCUCCCCGCCAUUUCUGCAUUUAUGCCUGUUCUGACAAAUUUGAAUACAAGCACUCAGGUGUUAAACCUGUGCAAGAGAAGUAGUAAUAACAGAAAACAAAAUUAUUUGCCUUUAAGAUCCAGAACUAAUAAAGCUGCAAACUUGGAAAGCUUUAGUGUGCUGCACUUUUCACAUCAGAGUAGGAGCAAGGACAGGCAUUAGCAUAAGGGAAACCCACCCUUUACUUGAACUAACAGAACCCAAACAUGAGUUAUUUCUUAUUAAUUGUUAGAACACAUACAAUAAAUUUAUGCUUUUUUAACUGUA